AUGUCCCUGUCCUUCUUUUCACCCCCUCCUCCUCCUGCCCGUCGCAUCUCUUCUCUCGGCUGGCCUGUGAAGGAAGUGGAGGAGGACUACUUCAAGAGCUGGCCUCCCGCAAAGUCUCUGGACCAAGGUGCGGACGCGGCUAGGGACCCCUGUCGAAAGGUCCGCUGCCCUCCGCACAAGGUGUGUGUCAGCCAGGACUCCGUCACCGCCGUGUGCACCCGCAGGAAGCAGCCGACACCUGGUGUAAAAGCCAGGAAAGGAAGUGUAGGCAACAAACACUGGCUUGAAGCAGGCGCUCAUGGGAAAUGUAGGCCGUGUUCAGGGAGCCUCAGUUCUGUAUGUGGCUCCGAUGGCCAUACCUACUCCUCCAAGUGUAAGCUGGACUUCCACGGCUGUUUGUCUGGGAAGGUGCUCUCGGUGAAGUGUGACGGUCUGUGCCCAUGUCUUCCCAGUCAGGAGGCCAGCCGACCAGCACGCCCCGACCACCGUGCAGUCUGCAGUGACAGAGACCUUCACAGUCUGGCCUCCAGACUGAAGGACUGGUUCGGAGUCCUCCACCUCGAUGCCAACCGAGACCUCAAAGCCUCCGACAGCUCAGACUCCGCCCAGGGACGCUUCGACACCAGCAUCCUGCCCAUCUGCAAGGACUCGCUGGGCUGGAUGUUCAACAAGCUGGACGUGAACUUUGACCUGCUGCUGGACCAAUCAGAGCUGAGCACCCUCUACCUGGACAAGUACGAGCUGUGCAUGAAGCCGCUCUUCAACUCCUGCGACUCCUUCAAGGAUGGAAAGCUCUCCAACAACGAGUGGUGCUACUGCUUCCAGAAGCCCGAGGGACUGCCCUGCCAGAACCAGAGGAGCAGGGUUCAGCUGCUGGGGCGACAGAAGAGUCUCAUUGGAGCCUACAUCCCUCGCUGUACGGAGGUGGGCUACUUCAAGCCCACUCAGUGUCACGGCAGCACGGGUCAGUGUUGGUGUGUGGACAAAUACGGCAACGAGAUCGCAGGCUCCAGGAAACAGGGCAACCCCAGCUGUGACGAGGAGCAGGAGACCUCGGGGGACUCCGGCAGCGGAGGAGCCCUGAUCCUCCUCGACGACCACGAGGAGGGGCCCUCGGUGAGUGGGCGUGGCCGACCGAAGAAGGGGCGGGGCCGGAAGCACCACCGGAGAGCCCUCGAGGACGACGAGGACGAGGACGAGGGCGACGACAAAGACGCCGAGAUGGGACACAUCUGGUAGCUCCGCCCCCCGGAGCGCCUUGACGUCAGCCAACCGGGAGCCUCCGUUAACCCAGCACCGAUCUGAAGCCGACCCUGCCUGCUCUUUGUCCCGCCCCCUUUAUGUCCGAGCCACCUGGCAUUGGUCCAUCUUGUUGGAACGAGAACUUGCUCCGAUAUCGACGGGCUGUCUUCUGUGUGAGUGACAAACAGCCAUUCUACCGCUCCUCCUUUCCUCUUGUGCUCCUACCAUCUCCUCUCCCCCUCCUGGCUGUGUGUGUGUGUGUGUGUGUGUGUGUGUGUGUGUGUGUGUGUGUGUGUGUGUGUGUGUGUGUGUGUGUGUGUGUGUGUGUGUGUGUGUGUUUGUGUGCGUCCGUCCCUCCCUAUCUCUGAGUGUAGAUUUGAAGCCUCCUCUGAGAUCCAAGCUGUGGGCCGUAUGUAAAUAAGCCCCCUACAGGGCUGGGCUCCAGCCUGGGUUCCCCGUCUCCACUGAUGUGCCGUGCCCCAGCAGGGGGGGCUCUAAGGGGGCCGGGCACGGGCGUCGUUGUGUGUAACUCACUGAAGGUUUGCUUGAUCGCUUUUGUUUUUAUCUUGAAUGUCCCAGACCAGCGCCCGCCCGCCCCCCCCCCCCCCCCCCCCUCCAGAACGACGCAGUGAGAGUAACGAUGUUCCCCCGCUGUCGAUGUUGAUGUUGUUGCAUGUGUCGCAUCGUCUCCGUGUUAAGUGUAGCCUCGUGCAGGUGGACCCCCAGACCCGCCCCCCCCCCCCCCCACGCCUCAGCUCCAGAGACGGCACACACGCCGAGAGACUGCUCCCAGGGGGGGCCGGCGGUCCUAGCGGCGUUGCUCUGCCACUUUGGUUCGCUAUCACCCCCCCUCGACCGGAACUCGCAAGAGGCGAAGCCCGUCGCUGGCCUCAGGAAAAAACAUCGCUGGGUCUAGGUAAACACACAGCCCCCCCAACCCCCCUCCCCUACACGGCCCCCCCACUGCGGCCAGCAGUCGCUCCAGGGCUGCUGUUAGUUGGUAAUGCUGCUGCUGUGUGAGUGGUGAGUAGACACCAGAGGAAGGAGCUGCCCCCCCCCCCCACACACACACACACACCGGCCUGGGGUAGGGGACCGGGCACAGGGGGAAGAGGAUGGAGCAUUUAUUUAUUUUAUUCAUUUAUUUUUUCAGUCUGCCCUCUGGAUGAUGGAAUUGUGCAUUGAUUUGGAGUUGAAGUUGUCCACUAUGUCAACGAGUGAACGUCUGUUUGUAACUUUGACGAGUUUCAGUAAAGUGGCACCUUGAGUGUCUUCGGAAACCUGA